AUGUCCACUCAUACUUAUAAAAAGUUUGAAAGUGGAGACUCGGGGGACCUCCCUGAUAAGAUGACGAUCUAUCAAGAUUGUAUGACCCAGUUCAAUGAAUCGCCCGUCAAUGCUAAGAGAUGUCGUAUUUUGAUCUCACGUUUGUUGAGAUUAUUGGCCAAUGGUGAGGUUUUCCCAGAGACCGAGGCCACUGCAUUGUUCUUUUCCAUUUCAAAGUUGUUCCAGCACCCUAAUGAUUCGUUAAGACAAGCAGUGUAUUUAUCAAUCAAAGAAUUAAGUGGUAUUUCUGAAGAUGUCUUGAUGGCUACUUCUUCCAUCAUGAAGGAUGUUCAAAACGGUUCCGAUUUAGUUAAAUCCAAUGCUAUCAGAUCAUUGAGUGUCGUUUUGGAUGAAUCAACUGCUUUCUCUGCCGAAAGAAUGCUAAAGAGCGCUGUUGUCAGCAAAAAUCCAACUAUUUCUUCCGCGUCGCUGGUCACUUCUUAUCAUUUAUUGCCUAUCUCUGAAAAUACUGUGAAGAGAUUCUCAAAUGAAACACAAGAAGCCGUUGUUGAUUUGAAACCAUUCCCGCAACAGGAUAUCAUCGGUGAUUACUAUCCAAACUCUACUUUCAUUACUCAAUACCAUGCUUUAGGUUUAUUAUAUCAAUUAAAGAAGAACGACAAAAUGUCGUUAUUGAAAUUAGUUAGACAAUUUGCUGACUCCAAUAAUUUAAAGAAUCAAUUAGCUAAAGUUCAGUUGAUUAAGAUCGUUAACGAAUUGGUUCAAAGGGAUCCCCAGUUGUUUCCACAAUUCCAAGGCUUGUUAUACCAUUGGCUAUCCAAUAAAUACGAAUCUGUUCAAAUUGAAGUCACCAAAGUCAUUACAUCUUUUGCCGCUACUAACCAAAGACUCGUUUCUCCAGAACUAUUUGCAGUCGCAGUUCAAACUUUACAAAGUUUAUUGACUGUUCCAAGAGUCACCACAAAGUUUGCUGCAUUAAGAAUCUUAAAUAGACUCUCAAUGGUUUCCCCUGAUAAAAUUUUGAUCUGUAACCCAGAAUUGGAGUCAUUAAUUAACGACUCAAACAGAAAUGUCUCAACUUAUGCAAUUACUAUUUUAUUAAAGACUGGUACUGAAAAGAACAUUUCUUCUUUGAUUUCCACCAUCACUAAGUUCAUUCACGAGGUUUCCGAUGAUUUUAAAAUCAUUAUUAUUGAUGCAGUCAGAACCUUAUCAUUAAACUUCCCACAGGAAUGGAAAGCUAUUUUGAACUUUUUGAUUGAUGUCUUAAAGAAUGGCGAAGGUGGUUUUAAAUUUAAGAACAAUAUUGUUGAGGCUUUGAUCGAUAUUGUUUCUUUCGUCCCGCAAUCAAAAGAAUUGGCUUUAGAAAACUUAUGUGAUUUUAUUGAAGAUUGUGAAUUUAAUGAAAUUUUGGUUAGAAUCCUUCAUUUGCUAGGCAAAGAAGGUCCAUUCACCUCAAAUCCUUCAUUAUAUGUCAGACAUAUUUACAACAGAUUAGUUCUAGAAAAUUCUAUUAUUAGAUCCGCAGCUGUUGUCUCAUUAUCAAAGUUUGCAUUAUCAAAGAAAGAUACUUCUCUAAGAAAAUCGAUUGUCAGCUUAUUAAAGAGAAUUGCUAAUGACCCAGAUGAUGAAGUCAGAGAUAGAGCUGUUAUCGCUUUGCAAUUUAUUGAAAAUUCUAAUGAAAGGAUCAGCGAAGAGUUUAUUCAAAGCAAAUAUACGUAUGACUUCCAAUCUUUGGAAAGUGUAUUAUCCGUUUAUAUGAACAAUAACUCUGAUUCUUUCGAAACUCCAUUUGACGUUUCGAAUGUUCGUAAGAUUACUGAAGAUGAAGCCAAGGCUUUAGAAUUGAAGAGAAAACAAGAUCAAUUGCACAAUAGUAGAUUAGAAGCUAUCGAGACUUGCACAGCAGAUGGUUCCAUCAAUAAUGAAAGAGCUGACGCUGCCACUUACGCUGGACCAAGCUCAGCUGAAGACCAAAGUGAGUUAUUGGCUAGUAAAUAUGCAGAUGAACUAUUAUCUAUAGAAGAAUUUAAACCAUUUGGUAAAUUGAUUAACAGCUCUAAUGUAGUGUCUCUAACUGAACCAGAAGCUGAAUUUGUUGUUAAUGGUGUUAAGCAUAUAUUGAAAGAACAUGUCAUUUUCCAAUUUAAUAUCACCAAUACAUUAAAUGACGUGGCUCUUGACAAUGUUGCCGUCACAUGUACUCCAGAAGAUCCUGACAAUGCUAUCUUGGAAGAAUUAUUCAGUAUUCCAAUUGAUAGAUUAUUACCAUCUACAGAAGGUGCCGUUUAUGUGGCUUUCAAGAAGUCAGAAGAAAUUGUCAUGGAGGGCUUCUUAAAUAAUUUGACUUUUACCACUAAGGAAUUAAACCCAGAAACUAACGAACCAUUUGAAGGCGAUGAAGGUUUCGAAGAUGAAUACGAAAUUGAUUCAAUUUUCUUAAACGCCGGUGAUUAUAUCAAGAAUUCUUUCGUUGGCGAUUUCACAACUGUUUUUGAUGAAUUGCCAAAUGAAGAAGUAGCAGUUUAUAAUAUUCAAGAAAACAUAACGGUCCAAGAAGUGAUUGAUAAAAUCAUCGUAAACACAAGUUGUCUACCUUUAGAAAACACUCAGUUUGCACAAAGUGAAUCGAACUCUCAUAUCCUAAAAUUAUUUGGUAAGAGCGCUUUGACUGGUGUUAAAAUUGCAUUAAUCGUUAGAAUUGUUAAAAGUUCCAAGGGUGUUGCUUUGAAGGCUCAAGGUAAAUCUGAAAAUGCUACUUUAUGUGCUGAUUUAAUUAACAGUAUAAUCUAA